AAUCCCCAGACGAGACUGACGACCGGCUACACUCCGAUCCCCCCGAAGUCAGCGUGGUGACAGGAAGAGCUGAGACUGAAAAGAUGUCUGCAGGCAACGCAAGAAUUGGAAAGCCGGCCCCAGACUUCACAGCCAAGGCGGUGAUGCCAGACGGGCAGUUCCGUGACAUGAAGCUGUCGGACUACAGAGGGAAGUACGUGGUCUUUUUCUUCUAUCCGCUGGACUUCACCUUUGUGUGCCCGACUGAGAUCAUCGCUUUUAGCGAUGCUGCCGACGAUUUCAGGAAGAUCGGCUGUGAGGUGAUCGCCGCCUCUGUCGACUCCCACUUCUCCCAUUUCGCAUGGACCAACACACCCCGUAAGCAGGGCGGCCUGGGUAGCAUGAAGAUACCUCUGGUGUCUGACACACGGCGCACCAUCUCCACAGAUUACGGUGUCCUCAAGGAGGAUGAGGGCAUCGCCUACAGGGGUCUGUUCAUCAUCGACGACAAGGGCAUCCUGAGACAGAUCACCAUCAACGACCUUCCAGUGGGACGCUCCGUCGAGGAAACCUUGCGUCUGGUCCAAGCCUUUCAGUUCACCGACAAGCACGGAGAAGUCUGCCCAGCCGGCUGGAAACCAGGAAGCGACACCAUCAAACCCGACGUCCAGAAGAGCAAAGACUUCUUCUCCAAGCAGUGAUGAACCCAAGGCCAGAGUCUGCCGCCUGCUGUAGAAGAUUUCAUUUCACGAUCACAUUUCUAACGAUAUUUAAGUCAGCCGCUGUGCCUGUGGAGGAGCGGUUAGGAGGCCGCCGUCGUUGUAGUCAACAUGUUGUGUGUGUUUUGUUGUUUGUAACGUUACAAGUGCACUUAGACCAAAGUAUGUAAUCGUGUAAUGAUGUCGGCUGUGAUACGCCGUCUUUGUUCCAUCAUUCCUCACUGUUAGGUUUUUAUUUGGCAAGAAGCCACAAACACUUCUGCUUUUUAUGUUGUUGUUGUUGUUGUUGUUUUUUAUUACACUGAACAACAGAUGUUCUUUCAUCCAAAUAAAGAAAACAGAAAACCAGUCACACUAAAGAACA